UAAGCCUAGGCAUAUCAAUAGCUUCGUUAACCAUUUCAUUAUUCAGUCUUAGUUGCAUCAUUUCGCAGUUUGUUAUUAGUGAACAGUUACGAUAAUAUCGUGUCAGGAAUAAAGAAAUAUAAGACGAAAAUGUUAAAGAGUGUCAGCUCAGCGAUAUUUCUUGGAUUCCUCUGUCAAAUAGGUACAGGCAUGUUUACUGCGAGGUACCCAACCGAUCUGACCCCAUCAUUCGGUUCUAAUAUUGUCUUCGGCGUUGUGAUCGUGAAUGAUGGCUCCUGGUACAAUAGCACAACCGGUGAAUUUACGGCACCUUUAUCUGGCAACUAUUUGUUUACGGGCGCUUUGUCUCCACAAAGAACUAAGGCGUUCUACUUUGGUAUAACGCUUAACGGAGCAGAGCACACGCGUGCUACAUAUCAGGAGGAUGACGGCCAUGUGUGUCACACAUAUACAUCGGUUUUACAGCUCAACGCCAAUGACAAGGUCGCCAUAAAGUCAGUUUCUUCCCACAACGAGUUAUUUGAAGAUCACAGUCGCUGGAACAUCUUCUCUGGAGUUAAACUUUAGGCCGGAAUCAAAGUUUAAAAACCCUCAAUGGAUUUAAAAUCUACAAAGGCCCAUAUCCAAAUUAAAUGUUAUUCCAUAUAUUCAAAAGAGUUCAAUUGAUUACAAACGUGUUGUUGUUCUUUUAAUUCUAUGCAACCUGGCAUAAACAUAAACGCUUUCAAUAUCGUUUUCGUGGUUCACAAAUAAUAACCAUGAUUUUUCCAAGCGAUUAUUUUGAGAAUGUGUUAGCGAACAUAUUUUUAAAACUGUCAAAUCAUGGAGGAAGCAUAUCAAUUCAAAGUUAUCGUAUGUAGGCUAACGGAACGCUUUCAAAACAAUGAACAUCUAAGGAUAAACCUUAGUUCCUAAUGAUAUAGCGUAUAUUAGGAUAUGAUUUCAAUUAGACUGAAGAUAUCGAUGAUCCAGUGUUUCGGUGAAAAUCUCUUGUAGCAAUCUUGCUGGCGAUGCAGUUUUCUUUUCUAAUUAACUUUGUUAUUUAAGGUUUUAGCAUUUAUUUUACGGCUAAAUUGCAUGCUUGUCAAAUGUUUUCAAGUGUUAUGAUAUAUAUUUGAUAGUUCAAUGUUGCGGCUUAUGAGCCUUUAAUAGCUAUUGUAAAAAGAAGUAAAGUUUCAUUUUGCCUAAACUGGUAGUGUUUAAGUCUACUGUAUCAAACGGCAAACCAAACGUCUUUCUGGCAUAUAUUGACACCACCGUGUUCUUCUAUAUCGCUUUGAGUGACAUGAAUACGUGUUGGUUGCUCUAGUAUGAGAUUCACUGAAUCAUUGUUGCAUUAUCCUUGCAUUAUGUUAUCAAGCAAACUCACAUUAAUUGUAAAAUGUGCAGUUUACGGAUGCACUGCUUGUCUUGGGGUAAUUAGUCUAGGUAUAUUUGAUCCCUGAACGAGAUCUAGUUGAUUUCAAGGCUCCUGGGUUUGUCACGCUAGAGUUCUUAUUUUAAAAAAAAUGAAAUACCAACCGCUUAUGUAAUUUGCAAAAAUACACUUGCAAACGCAAUCAAAUAUAAACA